AAGUGUAUUGACAAGCAAGGGAACUCCCACGGGUUCAGUUGGUCACGGACGACGAUGGCAACAACAGCGCUCCCCCCUCAAACUGCUUCAGAUGACGGUCCUUCUGGGCGUAGAAAGAGGUCUCGUUCUCGCUCACCUAGUGAACCAGAUGGCAUUCCACCGGCAACUCGCCGUCGUUCACAGUCACCGUCUCGUGUUCAUAUAGACCUUCCUCGUGUAAACGAUGUGGACCCCAUUCGACGGGCCGAGAGAGAGAGGCAGCUUGCUGCAAAUAUAGUAGCUAUGAAUCUCGAAAAAGCGACAAAUCCCAAAGUGCAAGACAGAGCACAGGACGAAGCAGAAAGGAAAGCUGAAUUUGCCAAGCUCAUAGGCUCACGCUCGGGUGGUGUGUACAUGCCCCCUGCACGUUUACGCGCCUUGCAAGCCGCUGCUGCCAGCGACAAAACCAGUCCAGAAUACCAGCGAUUAUCUUGGGAUGCCCUCCGCAAAUCCCUCACUGGUAUUGUCAACCGAGUCAAUAUUGCGAAUAUAAAGCAAAUUGUCCCUGAACUCUUCUCCGAAAAUCUCAUCCGCGGCCGAGGCCUUUUUUCUCGGAGCAUCAUGAAGGCGCAGUCAUCAAGUUUGCCAUUUACACCCGUAUUUGCUGCUGUGGUGGCCGUUAUCAACACAAAACUCCCUCAAGUGGGAGAACUUGUUCUCACUCGUUUGAUCAGUCAAUUCAGACGAUCGUUCAAGCGAAAUGAUAAAAUUGUAUGCCACUCAACGACGACUUUUAUCGCUCAUCUCGUUAAUCAAGCCGUCGCUCAUGAAAUCAUAGCUCUCCAAAUCCUGGUUCUUCUUCUCGAGCGGCCCACCGAUGAUUCGAUUGAAAUCGCUGUCGGCUUCAUGCGCGAAGUAGGCGCCUUCCUCGCUGAAAACUCACCAAAAGCCAAUGCGACUGUCUUUGAGCGAUUCCGUGCUGUCUUGAACGAAGGGUCGAUCAGCCACAGGGUUCAAUAUAUGAUCGAAGUCCUAAUGCAAACUCGGAAGGACAAGUACAAGGAUAACCCAAUCCUUCCUGAAGGUCUCGACUUGGUCGAAGAAGAAGAGCAGAUUACACAUCAAAUCCAGCUCGAGGAAGAGCUCCAGGUUCAGGAAGGACUAAAUAUUUUCAAGUUUGAUCCUAAUUACCUGGAGAACGAGGAAAAGUACAAGUCUAUCAGGGCUGAGAUUCUAGGUGAAGGCUCAGAUGACGAAGAAUCUGGCUCUGAAGAGUCGUCUAGCGAGGAUGAAGACGAAGUGGUUGCAGACAAAGAAGGCAUCGAAGACCGUACGGAGACCAAUCUCGUGAACCUACGUAGAACGAUCUACUUGACAAUCAUGAAUGCCCUCAAUUACGAGGAAGCCGUACAUAAGCUCCUCAAAGUACAGAUAAAAGAAGGCGACGAGAUUGAGCUCAUCAACAUGGUGAUCGAGUGUUGCUCGCAAGAACGUUCUUACUCUAACUUCUAUGGUCUUGUUGGCGAGCGCUUCAGCAAACUCAACCGUGUCUGGACAGAUGCUCUCGAGCAGGCCUUCGUCAAUUACUACACAACAAUCCAUCGGUAUGAGACAAAUCGCCUGCGCAACAUUUCUCGUUUCUUCGGGCACAUGCUCGCGACCGAUGCCGUCUCCUGGAUUGUGCUCGAGUGUGUCAAGAUCAACGAGGAGGACACGACGAGCUCAAGCCGUAUUUUCAUCAAGAUUAUGAUGCAAGAGAUGAUGGAGAGUAUGGGAUUGAAAACGCUCGCGGAGAGGUUCAAGGAUGAGCAGGUUAAACACGCGACGAAGGACAUGUUCCCAAUGGACAACCCGAAAAACACACGGUUCUCCAUCAACUACUUCACGAGCAUUGGACUUGGUGUUCUCACCGAACAAAUGAGAGAGUACCUCAAGGUAUGUCAAGUCUACAUGCUCAAAGCAUUGAAGGGACUUACUUUUUUCUGGUAGAACGCCCCACGCCUUAUUAUGGAACAACGACGUGCCAUGCUGGAACAAGAAUCGAGUUCAUCCAGUAGUGACUCCGAUUCAUCUGACUCUGAUUC